CAUUAUGCCGCCAAAUUGGAGUCUUCUUCGCUCUACCUCCCCUAUAAAUACCACCCACAGUCACCACUCUUUAUCCCCUAAGUCCUAACCAUCGAUAGAACGUGUCUCAGAUCCAAACUAAUCUAACCACCAUGGAACUAGAAGCUCCACAAGUUAGCACAUGGGAAGGGUAUGUGGAUUGGAGGAACAAGCCUGCUCUUAGAGGUCGCCAUGGAGGCAUGCUUGCAGCCUCCUUUGUUCUGGUGGCGGAGAUAUUGGAGAAUCUGGCGUUUUUGGCCAAUGCUAGCAACUUGGUGUUGUACCUGAGGCAGUACAUGCACAUGUCACCUUCAAAGUCUGCGAACAAUGUCACCAAUUUCAUGGGAACAGCCUUUCUUCUUGCCCUCCUCGGUGGUUUCUUAUCCGAUGCCUUUUUCACCACUUAUCGUGUCUACCUGAUAAGUGCAGUUAUUGAGUUCCUGGGUCUGAUUGUACUCACCAUCCAAGCUCGUGAUCCUUCAUUGAAGCCACCAAAGUGUGACUUAGACACCCCAUGUCAAGAAGUUAAUGGUAGCAAAGCAGCAAUGUUGUUCAUUGGCCUCUAUCUGGUGGCUCUGGGGGUUGGAGGAAUCAAAGGGUCACUGCCAGCACAUGGUGGUGAGCAAUUUGAUGAAACCACCCCAUCUGGGAGGAAGCAGAGAUCAACCUUCUUCAACUACUUCGUCUUCUGCCUAUCAUGCGGUGCCCUUAUUGCAGUUACUUUUGUGGUGUGGAUUGAAGACAACAAAGGGUGGCAAUGGGGUUUUGCAAUAUCUACUAUUAGCAUAUUUGUGUCUAUCCCAGUAUUCUUGGCCGGUUCACCAACCUACAAGAACAAGAUCCCUUCAGGAAGCCCACUUACAACCAUUUUAAAGGUUCUUAUUGCUGCUUUACUGAAUAGCUGCACCUACAAAAACACUAGCAGUGCAGUUGUGAAUAUGACUUCAAGCCCUUCUAAUCCACACUCAGGUAGAACAGAAUCACAACAAGAAACUGUUAAAGCAAGCACAACAACUGAAACCCCAACAAGCAACCUCAAGUUUCUCAACAAAGCAGUUACAAACAAGCCAAGGUAUUCAUCACUAGAAUGCACUGUACAACAAGUAGAAGAUGUCAAGGUAGUAUUGAAAAUGCUACCCAUAUUUGCUUGCACCAUCAUCCUCAACUGUUGCCUAGCUCAAUUGUCCACAUUCUCUGUUGAACAAGCAGCCACAAUGGACACCAAGCUUGGUUCCCUAAAGGUUCCACCGUCUUCGCUACCGGUUUUCCCGGUGGUAUUCAUCAUGAUCCUAGCACCAAUCUAUGACCACAUCAUCAUCCCCUACACAAGGAAAGCAACCAAGUCAGAAAUGGGAAUCACACACCUCCAAAGGAUUGGUUUUGGAUUGGUACUCUCCAUAGUUGCCAUGGCAGUGGCUGCUAUUGUUGAAAUCAAAAGGAAAAGAGUGGCAACUCAGUCAGGGCUACUUGAUGAUCCAACCAAACCACUUCCUAUCACAUUCUUGUGGAUUGCUUUUCAGUACUUGUUCCUUGGAUCUGCUGAUCUUUUCACCUUGGCAGGAUUGUUGGAAUUUUUCUUCACAGAGGCACCAAUAAGAAUGAGAUCAUUGGCUACUUCUCUUUCUUGGGCUUCUUUGGCAAUGGGGUACUACCUAAGUUCAGUGAUUGUGUCUAUAGUAAACAGUGUCACUGGAAAUGGCACCCACAAUAAACCAUGGCUAUCCGGUGCCAACUUUAACCACUAUCACCUAGAGAAGUUCUAUUGGCUCAUGUGUGUGCUAAGUGGGUUGAACUUCCUACACUACUUGUAUUGGGCCACUAAGUACAAAUAUAGAGGAACAGGUACUACUAAUUAAUGAAGCAAAGGGGGAAAAUUUUUCAUAUGGUUUAAUUGAGAAUUUGACUUAAAGAGUUCAAUGACCAAAUUUUGGCCAAGCCAGUCUUGUGUUGGAGUUGUGUUCAACGGGUGCACAGCAUUUACCCCCUAAUUCAAAUAGCAUCGGGAUAUGUUAUAUAUGUAUGUGCUACAAUAAUAGAAUAGAAACAAAAACAAAAAUAGUGAUAUAGCACCAUGUGUAAUCAUUCUAACUCUUUCUUUUAUCAAUAGUGAGAGCAAAAUGGUUUUUAUUCAA